AUGUCUACUCAAGAAGAACUUGCAACCCUCUUUGCUAGAAACCUCCAUCUAGACAACAAUUAUGUUGCCCCUCAACCCGAAGCCGCACCGGCACCUGCACCGGCCCCCGUAGAGGAACCAUAUGUGUACUCGAUAUCACAACACUAUCACCACUCAGCACACGUUGUACCACAACAACAACCAGCAAGACCAGCCUCGGAGCCUCCUCGAACUGAUCAGCUUACUACCGAAAUUAUACUUGCUAGACACGGAGUAGAUGUUAGCACCCUCUUCCCUUCACAGCUCGACUUGUUCAAGACGGCCGAUGCCGGUCAACAGAUGAGACUGGUCGAGCUGUGGAGAAUUUGCCCACCGGACUAUGGCGGACAUGCAUUGACACAGGAUCACUGGCCUGCGACCUCGUUCCAACAGGAAGAAUCUAUGGCAAAAUUACGAUACGAGCGUCAGAUGUUGGAAGAACGCGCCUCAAGAACCAAUGGAGACCAAAGUAUGGAUAGCGAUACCAUGAGCGAAACUAGCAAUAGUCCUCUCACCCCAAUUCAAGGUGGCGAUGGAAGAUGGGCUAAUGUCCCUUCCUGUGCUGAACCAUACAUGAUGUCUGGGUACGAAGCUCUAGCUCAACGAGAAUACGAGCAAUCUGCAUUGGCUGCUGGUCCAUCCAAAGAUGUAUACUCACAUUUCGGAACAUCGGGACCGCAAUACAACCCCUCUACUGAUCCUGUCUACAACCAAGAAAGUCACCACUGCCCUAACGGCGGCGACUGGGCUCAACGGAUGGCUAUGGAGAACCAGUACGGGGCUUUCGAGCAACAACAAUAUCAACACAAUGGAGGACCAGUGGUUAGUGGAUACGGUGAAGACGAAGAGAUGUUGUAG